GUCUUUCAGCGCCUUGGACAAGGCUGGGUUGGCUGCACGUUGCAGCCACCACAAUUUGCCGGCAAAUGGGACGAAGGGUGUGAUGACGCAGGCUCUCCGGCGCCACUGGGAGGAGCAAGUCGAUUUGGCAACGCGGUUGGCAACAGGCGUGCUCCCAGACCGUUCCCUUCGUGGUGAUAAUGCAGCUGCUGGUGCCAACGGUGCCGAAGUGGUGGCUUCAGCGACCCAUGAUGCCGUGGACAGGGCUCAGCCAGGUGCAGCUGCAGAAUGGCUUGCGUCCUGCAAGGAGGAUGGCAGCGCAAGCUCAUGGUCUUCGUGGGGUUCCCCGCUGACGGCUGAGACGGCUAGCAAAAACGUUGCUACAGAUUCAAAUGAUGCCGUCGAAGCUGCGCGAGAUAUCUUGGGUGGCAAGAUUCGUUUGGAGAAGCAUAUCCCCACCGCUUUCGCAAACGUGAAGGCAAGCAUUGCCGAGUUCUUCACGGGGAAGGACCAGCGACGGGGCUUAUGGCGAUCCAUUUUCUAUGUCGCUUCCGCUUUCUUGACAGGGCAGCAGAGGUCUUUCCAGCGCGACGUCCUCUGCCGAGAUGAUGAGAGCCAGGAGCCGGUGCCUGCGCUUCCGCAUCCACAGAGAGGGGCCCGUGUCUGCAACAUAUCCUUCGGAUGGGAUGAGACCAAGCAGGCGCACGUUACAAAUGCUCGCCUGCAGAAGGGUGGAGAGGAAGGGACGGAGCGGCUCUGCUUUUCUAGCCUAGGUACAUUUGUGCUUAUGUGGUCUCGGUCUGACAGCUUAUACGCGGCUAUUCUACAGGCAUUACAUGUUUGGGGCAGGAGUCUGUUUCAUGUGUAG